AUUUAGCACAAUAAUCGCUAAGCUCAGAGGACGUGACGCCACUGAGUCCGGCUCUUAGCAGUCGCAAACGGUGCCAAUGUAGCAUAGUGGCAUUGCUGUGUGCACCAUGACGGCUGUACCCAAGCUUGGAUAAGGGUGAGGUAAAUACCUUAAGUAGGUGUUUGAAGUAGCGCCUGCCACUCUGAAACGCAUCCGCUUUAGGAUGAUUUAGAUUUGAUUCCCACUCACGAUCCAACACCCGGCUGACCUUCAAAUACUUAUUGCUCUAAUCCUUUCCUCGCGCUCUCAACAUAUACACUCUGCUUGAUAUUGCGAAUAAACUACGCAGCAUGAAGUUCCUCAACACAUUUGUCGUGGCAACGGCUUUUACCCAAGGUAUUAGCGCUGUCGCAGUACACAGCACCAAUGACGUCGCAUUAAACGAGCGCACAUCACAGAAUCCGUACUUCGACCCGCGCGCUGCGUUCGAGGAUCUAUGGAAACGGAAAGGUGGUGGCGGCAGCGGAGGACGAGGUGGAGGGUCUAGUAGCAGUGGAUCAUCUUCAGGAAGCUCAUCUAGCGGUGGAAGAGGAACCACAACGAGUACUGGCUCUGGCCGGGGACAAUCUUUAUCCAACGGGGGCGGCUCGACGACGACAGGUAGCGGACCCAAACCACAGUUUGGUUCAUACUAUGGAGGAGGGGCGCGGACACCAUACCGGUCGGGCACUCGCAGCCCCAGUGGCAUCGUCCCCGCCGUGCUUGUCGGUGGUGCCCUCGGUUUCUGGGGUGCCUACUGGUUGGCGGGUGCGUACAGCUACCCGUAUACUCACCACUACUACUGGCACAACUCGACGACGAAUCAGAACGAAACGAAGCCUAUUAACUGCGUUUGCGAGAAGACACAAGAAUGCGGCUGCGACGACAACGGAGAGCAGCAGACGGUCAUCACCGGUCUGGUUGGAAACGGUACCUACAACGCGCUGAACCAAUCGCUCAUUACUGCUGCCAACGUCAACGGCACCGACCAGCUCUUCAUCAACGGCACAUUGCCCAAUGGCACCACUGCAGCCGGUGGCAGCGAGGAUCCAUACAGUGCCGGAAACCUCCUGCAGCCCAUUGGAUGGGUGCCAGUCAUCACGACUAUUUUUGCUAUGAUGUAUAUUCUCUAAGCGGCCCGUCGAACCUUGGAUAGGAAGUUCAGAAUAUCCAGUGGGCAAAAUGGCGCUACAAUUUGCUGCGUCAGUAAUACUGUUGCGCGAAUCAAACGCACUUUUCUUUUUUGGUGACUUCUAUGGCAAGUCACUUGGGCGUUAUGAUUUGGGUUGUAAGGCGUUCCAGGAAGGAUCGGCAAUAUGAGCUCGUCUGCAUGGGGAAUUUGGGACGAUUAUGCCCUGCCUUUCUUCUUGGCAUGAUGCCAACUUGACUGACUACACGAAGGAACUUUUACGAAUAGAGACCCGAUGUUAUCUAACUAAUCCGUCUAAUCAAUUAAGUACUUUGAAACUCCUCCAUGAGCCAGCCUAUGCACACUGGUGACACAAUGGUG